CUCACAAGUGUUUAAGUCUUUCUUUCCACGUGAGUGGAAGCUGUACUCUCUCUAAAGUCCAACUAAGAAGAGUCAAGACUUGAGAGUUAAGACCAAUUCACCAUCUUCUGAAACUCCGACUUCCCUGAUCGCCGUCGCAUGUCCCACCGAUCAUCCCACGCCAUUUUUAUAUUGUGCUGGGGCUCGAGAUCUGAGCAUGUGGCGCAAAUACAUCUAAGAAAAUCAGUGCUUGUACCAUUGCAAUUCUACAGUUUGCACUGAUUAAAGUAAAAAUGAGAAGUAUUUUCCGCAGUGGGCACGUAAGAAAACUAAACAAUGUGAUGCGGCUUAUUCUAACUACGUUUGUGGGGGUUGUAUUUGGGUUCUUUAUGGGAGUAUCCUUUCCUACGCUUUCUCUGACAAAGAUGAACCUUCCAGCACCUCUUUUACCUUCUAUUGAUCUAACUUACAUUGAAGAUAAAUAUUCUGGCCUUUCAACACAAGCCUUGCUGAAUGUUUGGUCUAAUUUGAAAGGGAGAAAGGCUGGCUCAUCACAGGGUCAGACAUUAAAUGACACAAAGGUUUGGUUAUCGACAAAUCCACGAGGUGCUGAACGAUUGCCCCCAGAAAUUGUAGUUUCUGAGACUGAUUUCUAUCAACGUAGACUCUGGGGUCUCCCUGAGGAGGACUUGACUAGUAAACCCAAGUACCUUGUUGCUUUUACAGUCGGCUAUGAUCAAAGAGCCAAUGUCGAUGCAUGCAUCAAGAAGUUUUCAGAGAACUUUACUGUUAUCCUCUUUCAUUAUGAUGGUCGAGCAAGUGAAUGGGAUGAGUUUGAGUGGUCAAAGCAGGCUAUACAUGUCAGUGCUCGUAAACAAACUAAAUGGUGGUAUGCUAAAAGGUUUAUGCAUCCAAAUGUUGUCGCUGCUUAUGAUUACAUAUUUAUAUGGGAUGAAGACCUUGGGGUGGAACACUUUGAUGCAGAGAAAUACAUUGAAUUGGUGAAGAAGCAUGGAUUGGAAAUUUCACAGCCUGGGUUACAGCCAGACAAAGGCCUAACAUGGCAAAUGACGAAGCGGAGAGGUGAUGGUGAGGUUCACAAAGUGACGGAAGAAAAGCCUGGAUGGUGCCCUAAUCCGGUGCUGCCACCUUGUGCUGCGUUCAUUGAAAUCAUGGCACCUGUUUUCUCAAGAAAUGCAUGGCGCUGUGUUUGGCAUAUGAUUCAGAAUGACUUGGUGCAUGGAUGGGGCCUUGACUUUGCUUUGCGGAAGUGUGUUGAGCCGGCUCAUGAGAAGAUUGGGGUCAUAGAUUCGCAGUGGAUAGUUCAUCAAGCCGUUCCAACACUGGGGAACCAGGGUGAAACUAAGAAUGGGAAGGCACCAUGGGUAGGGGUAAAGGAAAGGUGUAGAAGAGAAUGGACAAUGUUCCAGGAUCGAGUGGCGGUUGCUGAAAAAGAUUACUACGAGUCAUUGGGGUUCACCAUCAAUAAUACAGCUCGCUAUCCCACCUUAAUGUAGAUGCGAACAGUCUCUAGGAAUUCAUUUGCUUUGCUCGACCCACUGUGAGAUCUGCGGUGGUUAGUAAUUGUAAAGUUAUUUGUUAUCUUUGCAAAAUGCUCUAGGAAUUACUAACAACCUUGUUAGGGUGGCAACUGGCAAAUAUUAGUCUUCAGGAAAGACAAUAGUUUAGUCAAUUUACGCCAUUAAUAACUAUUAUUAAAAUGUGUUUUAAGGUUUUGAUCCGGUGACCAUUUAUUGAUGGUGUUAUCAUACAAACACCAAACUACAAGUCUACAACCCUCUUUUUGUAACCGAAUUCCAAAUUAAAUAUAUAUACUAAAUCUUAAGUCAA